AUGGCGUUUCUCCUCCGGAGGCCCUUCGCUAUCACAGCGACAUUGCGACAAACUCUCCCCAAGUCAUCCGAAACCCUCACAGUGCGCGCUUUUCAUAACACGCCACUGAGACAACAUCCACAGUUGUACCGUCCCGCAAAGCCCAGAAUAUCAACAUCGAACAAUGUCUCCCUCUUCCGACAGACAUUCAGAAAGUAUCAGCAAGCUGCCUACAAUCCUGUGGCGCAGGGUGACGUGAAGCAGCGCUUGCUGUAUGGCGCUGGCAUCUUUGGCGCAACCUUGGUAGGCAUCAACUUCAUCUUCAACCGCGAGACACGUGAAGAUGGCGGCAUGCCACCAUUCGAGCGCGAAUAUCUCAACGACACUUUUAUGCACACUGGCCUCGGUGUUGGAAUGAUUGCUAUUGCGGCACGCGCUCUGCACAUGAACGGUUGGAGCUUCAGACUCAUGAGCGCGAACCCAUGGCUUGUCCUUGGCGUAGGGCUCGUGGGCAGCAUCGGCACCAUGUAUGGAACUAUGGCGACUCACCCAAGCAACUACGUCCAAAAAUACGCCCUCUGGUCUGCCUUCAAUGUGACGCAAGCCAUGCUCCUCUCGCCACUCUUCUUCAUGCACCCCGCCAUCCUCGCACGCGCCGGUCUUUACACUGUCGGCAUGAUGGGCUCCAUUGCCUUCGUCGGUGCAACCGCAAAGACAGACAAGUACCUGUACCUUGGUGGCCCGCUUCUAGCCGGUGUUGCCAUUGUCGCUCUCUCUGGUCUUGCCCCUCUUGUUGUUCCAGCCACGGCCGCGCGAACGCUCAUGGUCACUGAAAAUCUCUGGCUCUACGGUGGUCUGGCCGUCUUUGGUGGCUUCACCCUGUACGAUGUACAGAAGGUGUUGAACCAUGCACGUCAGGCUGAGCGUGGCUUGAUCCCCAAGGACCCUGUGAACGAGGCUGUGUCGCUGGAGUUGGACUUUAUCAACAUUUUCGUUCGCAUGGUGCAAAUUUUGGGAAUGAGCCAGAACCGGAAGAAGUAG